AUGAGGCAAUUCAGCCACCACCACCACCUCCUCCUCCACACGGCCAUUCUCCUUCUCCUCUUCCUCAUACGCCCUAGCACCCCCGACAUUGCCUCCGACCGCGACGCUCUGUUAGCUCUUCGUGCUGCCGUGGGCGGCCGCGUCCUCCUCUGGAACCUCUCCAGCCCGACCCCAUGCUCAUGGGCUGGCAUCACUUGCUCCCCUGACAAUUCUUCAGUUAUGGAGCUUCGCCUUCCCGGAAUGGGCCUCUCCGGCACACUCCCGGCAAACACCAUAUCAAAUCUCACUAAUCUCCAGACGCUCAGCCUCCGUUAUAAUGCACUUUCUGGCCCACUCCCGACGGACCUUUUUUCGUCACUUUUGUUGCUCCGCAGCCUUUAUCUCCAUCAAAAUUUCUUUAGUGGGGAAAUCCCAGAUUCUCUAUUCUCCAUUAAGUCCCUUGUUCGCGUAAAUUUGGCAGAAAAUAAUUUUUCUGGUCCGAUUUCGUCUGGUUUUAACAAUUUGACGCGUUUAGGUACACUUUAUUUGCAGGAAAAUCAUUUCUCUGGUUCAAUACCAGACGUCGACUUGCCUAGUUUAGUUCAGUUCAAUGUUUCGUAUAAUAAUCUAACUGGUAAAAUUCCGAAAAGCCUUUCGAGGAAGCCCAAGAGUUCAUUUCUUGGGAAUUCACUCUGUGGUGAUCCACUUGACAAUUCUUGUGAUAGUGAAAAGCACAAACGGAAACUCUCCGGUGCUGCAAUUGCGGGAAUUGUAGUUGGUUCUGUGCUCGGUUUGGUCUUGAUCUUAUUGCUUGUGUUCUGUUUGCGUCGGAAAUCGGGUACGAAAGGAGUUGGACAAAAGGAGGAGGGCGCUUCUAAGGAGAAAGAAGUUGAAGUUUCAAUGGAGAGAACAAUAGAGAGUCGAGGAAAGGAUAGCACGAGGGCUAGGGUGAAGGAGAAGGGAGAAGUCAACGUGAUCAAUGCUGGGAAGAGGGGGUUGGUGUUUUUUGGGAAUAUAGGAUGGAAUUUCGAUUUGGAGGAUUUGUUGAGGGCGUCAGCCGAGGUUUUGGGGAAGGGAACGUUUGGGACUGCCUACAAGGCAGUGCUAGAGACGGGUUUGACAGUGGCAGUGAAGAGGCUGAGGGAUGUGAACAUGGGGGAGAAGGAAUUCAGGGAGAAAAUGGAGGAGAUUGGGAAAUUAAAUCAUGAGAAUUUAGUGCCUUUAAGGGCUUAUUACUAUAAUAGGGACGAACAGCUUCUCGUUUAUGAUUACGUGCCGAUGGGGAGCUUAUCUACACUAUUACAUGGAAACAAAGGAGCUGGUCGGACACCCUUAAAUUGGGAGACAAGAGUUGCAAUUGCACUCGGGGCUGCCCAAGGAGUUUCAUUUCUUCACUCUCAAGGCCCAAAAAUUUCCCAUGGAAGCAUUAAGUCAUCAAAUAUUCUCCUCACUAGAUCAUAUGAAGCCCGUGUUUCUGACUUUGGCCUCGCUCAACUAGCUGGACCGAACUCAACUCCCAACCGUGUUCCUGGAUAUCGGGCACCAGAAGUAACAGAUCCUUGCAAAGUUUCUCAGAAAGCAGACGUAUACAGUUUCGGUGUAUUGAUAUUGGAAUUGCUGACCGGCAAGGCUCCGAUUCACGAGGAGGGGCCCAACCUCCCGAGAUGGGUCGAAUCUGUUGUCAAAGACGAGUGUACGGCCGAAGUGUUCGACCUUGAACUCCUUCGGUAUCAAAACAUCGAGGAGAAUAUGGUACGGCUCUUGCAACUUGCAGUUGACUGCGCUGCUCAGUACCCAGAUAAACGCCCUUCAAUGGCUGAGGUAACUAGCAAAAUUGAGGAGAUUUAUCGUUCGAGCUUACAUGAUCCGAGUGGUGACAUUGUCAAUGUUGUUUCUGCUUCGCCAACACCUUAG